UCUCGAGGAGAUGCGUGGCCCCGCACCUGUGGAUUUCCUUCAGGAGCUGCCCAGCUACCAGUCGGCGCUGAGGCGUCGUGCCGCCGCCACCGCCGGGGGCAACCAGGAGCAGCGGGCAGCGCCGCAGGGCUUCGCGGGGCUUCGUGCUGCGGAGGCCCGCGGCCCGGAGCAUGAGGGCAACGAGCUGGUUGCUUACCCUGCCAGGGAACACCCCGGGAGUAUGGCGGAGAAGAGGAGAUUAAGGGACUAUCAACAGGCUGAUAUAAAACACUUAUCUGGAUGGAAGCAGUGGAAAAGAGCUAGCAGUAAAUCACUGAAGAAAGUUCUCGGUGAAGUCAAAGAGUUGUCAUCUUACCUGAAGCUUUGGCGUCACAAUAUUCACAGCAUAGAAGGGAAAUUUGGCACUGGCAUCCAGUCCUACUUCUCCUUCCUGCGCUUUCUGGUCCUGCUGAAUUUUGUCAUUUUUAUCCUGAUGUUCAGUUUUGUUACCCUUCCCACCAUCAUUUCUAAAUAUGGAAUAUUCAACAGCAGCUUUGCUAAAAUACCUCUAAAGAACAUAGAUUCCCACUGCACAGUUUAUGAACCUAGUGGUAAUAAGGGACUCACUUACUUCUAUACUUACCUCAAAGAUUUGCUCAGUGGCACUGGCAUCCUUGAAGUGACAGCUUUGUUUUAUGGCUAUUACACAAUAGAUGCUGUGUGGAUCAGUGCCAUGAGGUACAACUUGCCACUAGCAUAUCUGCUGGCUACAUUUGCCUACCUUGGAUUAAGUCUCCUCUGGAUAAUAAUAAGGUCUGUGGAAGGGUUUAAGCAGAACUUGGUGCACGCUGAAGAUCAGUUUCAGAGUUACUGUAACAAAGUCUUUGCAGGCUGGGAUUUCUGCAUUACAGAUCCAAACGCGGCACGGCUGAAACACCGCAGCUUGCUGUAUGAGCUCCAAACAGACCUGGAGGAAGAAAGACUGAAGCAAAAAAUAGCUGAGAGGACCAUGAAAGAAAAGCUGCGCAUCUACUCUCUGAGGAUAUUUAUCAAUAUAAUUGUUAUAGCAGUUUUAUCUGGGUGUUUUUACUCAAUUUAUGAAGCAACUGUCUUCUCUCAAGAGAAGUCCAAUGGUGUCAGCAAUGAGAACUUUCAAGCUAAUCUCUUGGUGCAGUAUUUGCCUUCCAUAGUAAUCACACUGGCCAACUUCAUUGCUCCUCUGAUCUUCUCAUUUCUGAUCACAUUUGAAGAUUAUUCACCAGCCUUUGAAAUUAAGCUGACACUCUUGAGGUGUGUCUUUGUGCGCUUGGCCAACAUCGGCGUUCUCUUGUUCUCGCUGUGGAGUCAGAUCUCCUACUGCGCCACUGACAAGUGCAAGGCCUGUGGAUACAAUUACGAACUCUAUCCUUGCUGGGAAACUGAAGUUGGUCGAGAAAUGUAUAAACUGAUGAUAUUUGAUUUCAUUAUCAUUCUUGCUGCAGUCCUGUUUUUGGACUUCCCAAGAAAGUUGUUAGUUGAUCAUUGCUCUUGCAAGCUAGUUCAGUGGUUUGGAUUGCAGGAAUUUGGAAUUUCUGACAAUGUCCUGGAAAUCAUUUAUGGACAGACCAUCUGCUGGAUUGGAACCUUCUUUUCACCACUCCUCCCUGCAGUAGCAAUGAUAAAAUACUUCGUUGUCUUUUACAUUAAAAAGAUCAGUUUGAAGCACACACGGAAGCCUGCAGCUAGGCCAAUCAGAGCAUCGAGUUCCAAUUUCUUCUUCUUGGUGGUGCUAUUGAUUGGGCUUGUCUUGGCUUUUGUCCCCUUAGGAAUCAGCAUAGCAUACAUUCCCUCCUCAAAGGCAUGUGGGCCAUUCCGGAGUUUUAACACUUCGUGGUCAGUUGUUCCAGAUACAAUACUUGAAUUUCCAAAGGGGCUGCAGCAAGUCCUUUAUGGCAUAGCAUCAGAGGCCUUUGCAGUGCCUUUUUUUAUGGUGAUAUGCCUUGUUAUGUUCUAUUUUAUUGCCUUGGCUGGAGCACACAAACGAGUGGUUGAGCAGCUGAGGGAACAACUGGUUAUGGAGAGUCGUGACAAGCUGUUCCUAAUCAAACAAAUCGCAGAAGCUCAGAGUCGUCAUUGAAAACAAUGAAGAGCCAGAAGAACUUGACUUCCUGAAACUCCUAGAACCACUACAUAAGAGUAGAAGCAUCUGCAGCACCUAAAAACUGAGCAGCUGAUUAGCACCCUGACACUGUGGUUUGUGUGAUGGACACUUAAGGUCUUACUCUUGAUUGUGCCAGUGAGCCUUAAAGUUUCCAUGACUGGAAAUUUAGCUAAUUUAUACUAUGUUAGGCCUGUCUAAAAAUGGUAGGGUAGGACACUUACUGCUGCUACAAUUUCAAGGUUUUUGGGAUUUAAGUCCCUAUUUUUUCAGGGUUUUUGGGAAGAACUUUGUACUGUUUUUACAAAUGAGACUUUAAGAAGGGUGAGGGAGGGGAAAGGUGUGACUUUCCACAUUUCCAACUCACUUCUCUUUUAAACCCAAAGCAAAAGACCACAUGAUCUGUCAGUAUUUUGAAAGAGUGCAUGGGAGAAGAAAAUACAGUAUGGGUUUGAAACCAGUUUUAUAAAGAUAGCUGAGACUUUGAUACUUAUUUUGCUCUGAGCUAGUAAUUGCAGUUGAACACUGGAUAACUUCACAAAGUGGUUCAGAGAACAUCAAGCUGGUAAGAGCUCUGAAUAAACGCUGGGCGUAGGAAUAGACCACCAGUCAGGUCACCAGGUGGAGCACACCUGUCACAGGGAAAGGCCUUGCUGGGGCACCAGGUCCCUGCCGUAGAGCAGCCUUUUUUGGUGUUAAGGCAUUAUUACUUGGGUUUUGUUCUUGUACAUCUUGGCUACUUUUCUCUUGGUUCUAAAAUGUGAAUAUUUGAGAGUUAAAUUACAGUUUGGAGAUACAGCAUUCAGCAGCUUGCGUCGGUGCCUUUAAAUUCACAUUUCUGCUCUCUGAAAUGAGAUGAUGGAGCUGUGUUUCUAAGCUGAUUACUACCUGUUUCCUUCAUUGAAAGGUUGUGCUUGAGGGUUUUCUGUACAGAAUUGUUUAGUACUUGAAAUUUGCUAGUAGCACACUGUUAGCUGAUACAUGAGAGACUGUUGUUAUAUAAUGUUCUGGAAUG